UACUGGCAAAGGGGGAGACACUGAGCCAAAUUUGAGGAAAGAAUAUGGUUUAGGUGGAGAAGUAGUUCUGAAAUUGACCGACCAUCUCAGAGGCAAAAAUCACAAAGUCUUCUUUGAUAACUUUUUUACAUCUUUUGCUCUCCUAGAAGUAUUGCAAAGUUUUCGGAUUCAAGCAUGUGGCACUAUCAGACCAACAAGAAAAGAUUUUCCUUGUCUAGCAGGUGACAAAGAACUAAAAAGAGGAGACUUUGAUUACAGGUCCACACCAAAUGGUAUAAUUGCCUACAAAUGGAAGGAUAAUAAAGCAGUUCAUUUAGCUUCCAACUAUCAUGGUAUUUCCCCUACAACUGUCAAAAGAACAGAGAAAGAUGGAAACAAAAUAACAAUUCCAUGCCCACAAGUAGUAAAAGACUAUAACGAGAACAUGGGCGGAGUAGAUAAGCAUGAUAUGCUUCGGCAACUGUAUGGCACAAACAGAAAUAGCAUGAAAUGGUGGCAUAGAAUUUUCUUUGGUCUUCUUGAUAUGAGUAUUGUGAAUGCAUAUGCUGUUUACAAAGAAACUCAUCCAUCUCUUUCAGUUUUCAACUUCCGUACAGAGCUUGCCAGAGGACUUCUGACUUAUACAAAAGAUCGUAAAGCUCGAGGAACGCCCAAGCGAAGGAAAACUGAGUACAGUAUACCAUCGUCAGUUAGAUUUACCAAUACGGGGGUACACUGGCCAAAAUUCACUCAGAAAAAGGGAAGAUGUGAGGUAUGCUCCAAGAAAGGAAUAGAGUCACGACCAAUAUCAACAUUUAGUCAUUGUGGGAUUCAUCUAUGUUGUAAUGCUACAAAGAAUUGUUUUUUUGAAUUUCACAACUAAAUUCUACUUUCAUUGUAAUGAGUUGCAAUUGAAGAAAUAGAAAAUUUAGACUUUUAUUUAUUUGCUCAUAUAUAUUAUGUACAUUAUUACAAUUACAGUGUAUUAUUUUCACGUAAAAGAAUGAAAUAUGAUAUGUUCAAUUUUAUAUGUAACAGGUGCCAAUGAUUAUUAUAAAGUGUGAUAAUGCCAUGGAAUAAUGAUAUUAUAUUCUAGUAUUUCAUAAAGAGUGCAAAUCUAGUAUUAUUUUGUUAAAAUUCUUUCUCAGAAGUUAACUAUUAUGUUUUCUUUUUUGUAAAAAAAAUGGUUCCUUUUUUGUGUCUAGAAGCCUGGCGGGACUCUGA